CUUGAACCCAGUCGUCAUGCCAGCAUCCAAUCGCAUCUCCCAAAGGCCGAGGACGAAGGCCCAGGGAAGUCAAGAAAGGUAACGCAGUACCGUAACCCCAUAUUCAAGGAAAAACCUCAUAUGAGCGUAAAGGCUUCCAUUCCCAUCUUCUACAGAGACCAAUCCCUACUGUCACCUUCCAUGAUCGGGAACCCUAUUCAGUACUGGAGCCAGCUCUCCUCCUCUUCAGGCUCCUCUUCUAGCUUCCAUAGUUCAAAUCCUUGCAGCUCCUACCUCGCUCCUAUUCGCCGCAUUCAGAAGUCCGAUGACCCGCAUCAUAACCUAUGUCCUACCUCGAUCCAUUUUAGGGAUUUUCGCUUCUUUGAAGUCAGACUGCGCAGGGGACACAAGCAGCUUAUGAAGAAGAAGAAUACGGAGGCUAGGCUAGCUUUCCCG